CAUCAUAAAAUAUUUGCUCUCUGCUUCCACAUAAAGAAACUCAGCUUUCUCUGGAAACUUAGAUCGCUUUGGAAGGCAAGCUUUCCACAAUGAAGACCUUUCUGGCUUUCUUUGCUGCAAUGGGCAUCAUAGUGGCUAUGGGUGAUGCAUACUGCUGGAGUAAAAUUUACAAGCCAGGGGAGGCCCAAAACGGCUGUAUGGUGAAUGGAAAACUGUAUCCCUUUGGACACAUUGAGAGGACAGAGGAUUGCUACACAUGCAGCUGCAGUGAAAGUAGUCUGCAAUGCUGUUCCCUCUUUCAUACUCCUGUUGCUUACGACAAUAAGAAAUGUAAAGUCGUUUUCAACAAAGAGCGCUGUGACUAUGAUGUGGUGCAGAAGGACGACCCCUCAAAGAUGUGUAUUGUCUAUGCUCGUGUGGGCUAAGACCUGCUCCAAACCUCUCUGCACUGUGGAACUCCUCACCUUCCCACAGAUGCUUUGCCAUCA